AUGGUGGUGAGCCUCGUCGCUCAGCCACCGGUCUUUCUGUCAAACGAAACUCAUGCAGCCGUGACCAACUGUUCGCUAACUCUUUUGGCCAAUUCAACGGCCAUCCGGACAGUUUGGGCCAGUGUUGGUGCCAAGUACGACAUGCUGUACAGUCGACGGGCGUUUGUGCACUGGUUUGUCGGCGAAGGCAUGGAAGAGGGCGAAAUGACAGAGGCACGGGAAAAUCUGGCCAGCAUCGAGGCCGACUAUCGCGAGAUCGGCCUUCCCGAUGGCGAAGUCAGCGGCAACGCUUCGAAUAAAAGUGACUCUGUCUACAAAUUUCGCCCUCAAAGUCAGGCAAGUGGCGGCGGAUUCUGUAAAUUUUCUGACGAAUAA